AUGCCUCUCAUUCGCAUAGAGGUAUGCGACUUCAAGUCCUACCGCGGGCACCAGGUUAUUGGCCCGUUCAGCAACUUCACAUCGGUCAUUGGGCCCAAUGGAGCCGGCAAGUCGAAUCUUAUGGACGCCAUCUCCUUUGUGCUGGGUGUCAAGAGCGCGCAGCUGCGAAGUGCCCAGCUGAAAGAUCUCGUUUACCGAGGACGGAGAUUGGCCAAGAACGGGCUCGACGGCGAGACGCAGAAUGAGAACGAGGAGGACGACGAUGAGGAGGGGGAAGGUGAAGGAACAGCGAAAAAGGCCUGGGUCAUGGCUGUAUUCAAGGACGCCAAUGGCAAGGAAUGGACCUUUCAGCGGACGAUCUCGACGAGCGGCGCUUCAGAAUACAAACUGAACAAAAAGGUCGUCACAUAUUCAGCAUACAACGCUGCCCUCAUCCAGCACAAUAUCUUGGUCAAAGCAAAGAACUUUUUGGUCUUCCAGGGCGAUGUCGAAGCAGUCGCUUCACAGUCUCCCAAAGAAUUGUCGCGUCUCAUUGAACAAAUCAGUGGUUCAGGUGAACUGGCGGCCGAGUAUGAGAAAGCAAAGGAAGAGCAGGAUAAGGCAACCGAGAAUGCGACUUUCAAUUUCACCAAGCGCCGAGGAAUUGCUGGGGAGAUCAAGCAGUACAAGGAGCAAAAGUCGGAGGCUGAGCGAUUCUCGAGCUUGUGCCAACAGCGGGAUGACUUGAUUCUUCAACGCAUUCUGCUCAAACUCUACCACAUCGAGGAAGCUAUCGAAUCCAACAGCGCAUCUAUUGUCAAGAAGAACAAGGAACUAGCUGGCCUACGACAGGAGCAAAGAGCACACGACGACGCUCUCGAGGCUGCCCGCGCACGCCAGGCUAAAGCCAGAACCAGUGUGCUGCAAAAGGAGAAGCAGAUCAAGAAGGCAGAGAAGGCCUUGGAUGGAAAGAAACCUGACCUCGUCUCGAUUGAAGCCCAGAUCACCCACGCUACAAGGAAACUCGAAAACGCUCUCAAGUCUCAAAGUGAUAUCGCAUCCAACGAGAAGAUCUUGCGCGCAAGGGUGGCAACCCUCAAGAAGGACCUCGAAAUUGUUCGCAAGGACGCUGAAAAGGCUGCAGAGGAACAGCGUAAAUCAUCCAGCCACAACAUCGCACUUAGUGAGCAAAGUUUGGCUGAGUACCAGGCUCUGAAGACGACGGCAAGUACGCAAGCUGUCGACGAACGACAGGCCUUGGAGACACUGUCCCGUGAGGAGAAGACCACCAGUCGGGCGCUCACACAGCUGCAGGAGAAAGUUAAGGGGCUGGAAGAAACACAAACCUCUCGAAAUGAAGAAAUUGGUACUCUAUCCGACAAGAAGACCGAGCUCGAAGAUAGAUUAAAAGGAUUGCAAGUCGAGUUGGCAAACGCACGACAAGAACUUGAUAAUCAAAUCGCCGAGCGAACGAGGAUCCAGAAACUCGAAGCCGAAAUCGACGAGAAGCUUCAAAGCGUAUAUCAACAACUGCUUCAGGCCGGGGUGGACAAGACAGAGUCCGAAAGGGAAGCAAAGUUGAAGGAGACCAUCGCAAGUCUGCAGCGGAUCUUCCCAGGCGUCAGAGGCCGCAUUGUCGACCUUUGCAAACCCAUCGCACGCAAAUACGAGACUGCCGUUUCUGUCAUUCUGGGCCGUAACAUCGACGCAAUCGUUGUGGAUGAAGAGAAGACAGCCAUCGACUGCAUCGAGUACAUGCGAACUCAGCGAGCAGGUCAAGCAACGUUCAUCCCGUUAGACACCAUCCAAGUCAAGCCUAUCAAUGAUAAAUUCCGUUCGUUUGCCAAGGGCGCGAGGUUGGCUGUGGACGUUGUCCAAUACGAGAGCGCUGUCGAACGUGCGAUUCAUUAUGCAUGUGGGAAUGGCCUUGUCUGUGAUACUAUGGAGGUGGCGAGGUAUGUGUGCUACGAGAAGGGUCAGGAAGUCAAAGCCGUAACACUGGAAGGCACUGUCAUCCACAAGAGUGGCUUGAUCACUGGUGGGCGGAGUACGCACAACACGACAAAGAAGUGGGAUGAGAAGGAUGUUCAAGGCCUUAUGCGAACGAGAGAUAGUCUCCAAGCUCAGAGACACGAAUUGAGCAAGCAAAGACCUCGCGCGAAGUCCGACGAGAACCUCAUCUCCGAAAUAACACGUUUGGAAGCUACAAUCGGCGUUGUCAAAGACGAUCUGAACGCAUGCAAACUCCGACUGACCGGUGUCAAAGACGAAGUAAAGCACGUCCAAAAGGAACUCAAGACCCUCAACCCGAGUCUUAAGAAAGGCGAAUCCGACUAUGCAAACCUUAAAUCCCGAAUCGACGCGUUGAAGAAGACGAUCAACGCAGCUGAGGAUAAGAUCUUUGCCAAGUUUUGCCGAACAAUUGGGGUGGCGAACAUUCGCGAGUAUGAGGAGAGGCAGCUCAAGAUUGCCCAGGAAGAGAGUCAGGCUCGGCUUCGAUAUGAUACGCAAAUAGCCAGGUUGACGAACAUGCGUGACUUCGAAGAAGAGGGGUUGAAGGCCAUCGCGGAGCGGACUGCGCGCUUGGAAGGUGUAAUCACUGCGGAACGAUCGUCGUUGACCAGACUGAAGCAACAAAAGAGUUCUAUCGAGGAAGAAAUCGAUGCUUCUGAAGCGGUCAUUGCCAAACUUAAGGAAGAUCUGGAAGGACUGCAGGAGAUACUCGAAGAGGCCAAUAAAGAGGUCGAGCAGGUGAAGAAGACCACCUCCAAAGCCGCCAAGGUGUUGGACCAGGCUCUUAAAGAGAUUUCAGCUGCGAACGAUGAAAUCGAAAAGUUGGCUCUAGACCGGUCGUCUAUUUAUCGCAAAUGCCGACUUGAAGAGAUCCGGUUGCCACUGAAAGAGGGAAACCUCAAGAAUGUCCCGAUGGAGGAGAACCUUAGAGAAGAAGUCGCGAUGGACGUGGACGAAGACGAGGAUGCCACUCAGAGACCGAAAAAGGUUCCUGAUUAUGGUAUUGAAGUCGACUUUGACUCUAUCGAGGAGGAUGAGAGGGAGGAGGAUCCGGGAGAAGCCAUUGCACGAUACGACAAGGAAAUCGUCAACAUCAAUGGCGAGAUCGAGCGGAUGGCACCGAAUAUGAAGGCCAUGGAUAGGCUGGACGAUGUGGAGAGUAAACUUGCAGCUACGGAAAAGGAGGCUGAGAAGGCUCGCAAGGACUCGAAAGAAGCCCGGGAUCGAUUCAAUGAUGUGAAGAAGCGCAGAUGCGACUUGUUCAACAAAGCGUACAAUCAUAUCUCGGAUCGUAUCGAUCAGGUGUACAAGGACUUGACGAAAGGGAAAGCCUCGCCUAUGGGUGGUGUCGCCUACCUUAGUUUGGAAGACAACGAGGAACCAUACAACGGUGGUAUCAAGUAUCAUGCCAUGCCUCCCAUGAAACGUUUCAGAGAUAUGGAACAGUUAUCUGGCGGUGAAAAGACGGUGGCUGCUCUCGCACUGUUGUUUGCUAUUCACAGUUACCAACCGGCACCAUUUUUCGUGCUGGAUGAGGUCGACGCAGCACUGGAUAACACCAACGUGGCCAAGGUUGCAAACUACAUCCGCACACAUGCGUCCGAAUCCUUCCAGUUCGUCGUGAUCAGCUUGAAGAACACCCUGUAUGAGAGAGGGAAUUCGCUGGUUGGGAUCUAUCGUGAUCAAGAUGUGAAUAGCUCGCGGACGCUUACACUUGACCUUACUCAAUACGACGACUAGAUGCAACACGCUUGCUGUACUGACAUGCUCUAUUGACCAGUUGCUUUGCUGUAUUUAUGACUAUCCUGUUCUCUCAUUGUACCUGUAUUGCUGUAAUCGUUUGAUACCCCUCUCUUUACGAUCUUCAAUUCUUGCAGAACGCCAUGCAAUUAC